AUGUCCCCGAUGUCACCCGUGCGCAGCCCCCAUUCCCGGGCAGUCCCGGCCGCGCUGGGGACUCCCCGCCGCGGGGACUCCCGGGUGCCACGGGGGGGACCCGGCGGUGUCCGUGACGCCGCUGUCGCCGUCCCCCCGCCCCCGGGUGCCCUUUGGCCCCGCUGGCGCCGGAGCCGCGGCCGGGCUGUGCGGAGCCGCACGGCCCUUCCGGCCCCGCGGCCCCUCGGAUCAAACAUUAACCGGGGCCGGGGCCGGGGGACGCGGCGCGGGGACGGCGGCAGCCCCGCGGCCACCAGGGACCCCCGGGCCACCAGCGACCCCCCCCGGGCCAUGAGCGGCGGGCGAUGGGGGCGGCGGCCCCCCCCCGAGGGCCCCCCCUCGCUCUGCGACCCCCGAGUGAUCGAGCGCUUCAUCCUGGAGGCGCGCGAGGCCGAGCGGGGGGGCGUGGGUGGCAGCGGGUGGCAGCGGGUGGCAGUGGCAGCGGGUGGUGGCAGCGGGUGGCAGCGGGUGGCAGUGGCAGCGGGUGGCAGUGGCAGCGGGCGGCAGCGGGUGGUGGCCCUGAGCGCUGUCCCCAGGGCCUACGUGUCCCUGUUCAUGCGCCACCUGUGCGAGCCGGGCGCCGACGGCUCCGAGACCUUCGCGGACGGCGUCCCCCGGGAGGGGCUGUCCCGGCAGCAGGUGCUGACCCGCAUCGGGGUCAUGUCCCUCGUCAAGAAAAAGGUGCAGGAGUUCGAGCACAUCAACGGGCGCUGGUCCCUGCCCGAGCUGGCCCCCGAGCCCAGCGCCGACUCCAAGCGCUCGUCCCGCGCCUCCUCCCCCGCCAAGACCGGCCCCCCCAGCCCCGAGCAGAGCGGCCCCCCCAGCCCCGAGCCCCCCACGCCCGCCACGCCGGCGCCCAGCGAGCGCGGGGACGGGCCAGGGCCACCCCCAGACAGGGAGGACGGUGACACCCGGGACGAGAAGGAGCCCAAAGGCCCCGAGAAGAUGGACACAGAUCCUGCUGUCCCCGAGGUGCCACCGUCCCCGGGCGAUGGCAGCGAGGCCGAGGGGCCCCGAAAAGGGGACGAGGAGGAGGGGCCCGGCCACAGGGACCCCGAGAGCGAAGGAGCCCCGGCCCGUGAGGAGCGGCCAGGUGCCGAGGCCGAGAGGGGCCCGGGGGGGGACAAAGGGGACGAGAAAACCCCGGAGGAGGAGCCCAAGGAGCGCCCGGGGGACCCCGACCCCAAGAGAGAGGAGCCCAGGGCUGAGAAGGAGCCCCGGCCGGACCCUCGGCCCAACGGGCGCCGGGACGAGCGGACGGAGAAACCGCGGUUCAUGUUCAACAUCGCCGACGGCGGCUUCACCGAGCUGCACACGCUGUGGCAGAACGAGGAGCGCGCCGCCAUCUCCUCGGGGAAGCUCAACGAGAUCUGGCACCGGCGCCACGACUACUGGCUGCUGGCCGGCAUCGUGCUCCACGGCUACGCGCGCUGGACCGACAUCCAGAACGACGGCGCCUUCGGGGUGAUCAACGAGCCCUUCAAGGGCGAGGCCUCCAAGGGGAACUUCCUGGAGAUGAAGAACAAAUUCCUGGCGCGCCGCUUCAAGCUGCUGGAGCAGGCGCUGGUGAUCGAGGAGCAGCUGCGCCGCGCCGCCUACCUGAACAUGACGCAGGACCCCAGCCACCCCGCCAUGGCCCUCAACACGCGCUUCGCCGAGGUCGAGUGCCUGGCCGAGAGCCACCAGCACUUGUCCAAGGAGUCGCUGGCGGGCAACAAGCCGGCCAACGCGGUGCUGCACAAGGUGCUGAACCAGCUGGAGGAGCUGCUGAGCGACAUGAAGGCCGACGUGACGCGGCUGCCGGCGACGCUGUCGCGCAUCCCGCCCAUCGCCGCGCGCCUGCAGAUGUCGGAGCGCAGCAUCCUGAGCCGGCUGGCCAGCAAGGGCACCGAGAGCCACCCCCCGCCCACCUUCCCUCCGGGGCCCUACGCCACCCCCCCGAGCUACGGGGGCGCCUUCGGGACCCCCCCGGCCGGAGCCCUGCCCCCCCCCGGGGGCGCCAACUACAGCCAGAUGCCACCGGGGUCCUUCAUCUCCGCCGCCAACGGCCCCCCGGUGCUGGUGAAGCGGGAGCGCGAGCCCGAGGCGCUGGAGAAGAAGGAGCCGCGGGGGGGGGAGGUGAUCUGCAUCGACGACUGAGGGGGGGCCGGGGGGGGGCCCCUCCCCCCCCCACCGCCACCACCGCACCCCAAAAACGGGGCAGGGGGGGAGGGGCAGCGCCCCCCAGC